UAUGCAUAUCCUGCGCAUGUAAAUGCAUAAUAAUCAACCCAUGGAUCUAUGAUCAACCUAUGAGAGGGAAGCGUAGGAACUGACAAAACAUAAACUAGACGAUGUUGCUGCAGUAUCGUGGCUCUGCUGCUAAGAGAAAUUUCCUCUUAAUUGUGCUUGUGGUCUGUUUGAAUUUCAUUUAUAUCAAAGGUCAAUGUAGUCAGGGUUCACUUCGUCUUGUCAAUGGUGCUAGAUAUCAUGAAGGUCGCCUUGAGAUAUGCUAUGCUAGUAGCUGGGGAACAGUCUGUGAUGAUGGCUGGUCUAAUGCUAAUGCUCAAGUUGUAUGCAGACAACUUGGAUACCCUACUACCGGUGCUUAUUAUCGUGAUCGAGCCUACUUUGGACAAGGGACUGGUAGUAUAGUAUUAGAUGAUGUUAGUUGUGUUGGCAAUGAAACAUCUUUAUACCAGCAAUGCAGUCAUAGAUCUCCUCUGUCAAACGAUUGUACUCAUAGUGAAGAUGUUGGAGUGGUUUGUCCUGCACCAUUUGAUGGCUCGGUUCGUCUUGUUGGAGGAUCCAACAGUUCCGAAGGACGUGUUGAAGUAUACCGUAGUGGAUCAUGGGGUACUGUCUGUGAUGAUUUAUGGGACUAUAGGGAUGCCACUGUUGUAUGUAGACAGUUAGGAUAUGGAUCAGGGACUGCACUUACUGAUGCUUAUUUUGGACAAGGAACAGGAGGCAUAUUCAUGGAUGAUGUUGCUUGUACUGGAUAUGAAUUAUUCCUUACCAACUGCUCUCAUACAACUUCUCAUAAUUGUGGUCACCAUGAGGAUGCUGGAGUUAGAUGUUCACAUACUUGCUUUAGUGGAUCGGUUCGUCUUGUUGGAGGAUCUAACAGUUUUGAAGGACGUGUUGAAGUAUGCAGUAGUGGAUCAUGGGGUACUGUCUGUGAUGAUUCAUGGGACUAUAGGGAUGCCACUGUUGUAUGUAGACAGUUAGGAUUAGGACAAGCAUCAGGGACUGCAUUUAGUGAAGCAUAUUUUGGACAAGGAACAGGAAGCAUAUUAAUGGAUGAUGUUGCUUGUACUGGAUCUGAAUCAUACCUUACUAGCUGCUCUCAUAGAACUAAUCAUAAUUGUGGUCACUCUGAGGAUGCUGGAGUUAGAUGCUCACAGAAUUGCUUCACCAAUGGAGAAGUUCGUCUUGUUGGAGGAUCUAACAGUUUUGAAGGACGUGUUGAAGUAUGUAGAAAUGGAUCAUGGGGUACUGUCUGUGAUAAUUCAUGGGACUAUAGGGAUGCUACUGUUGUAUGUAGACAGUUAGGACUUGGAUCAUCAGGGAUUGCAUUUAGUAAUGCAUAUUUUGGACAAGGAACAGGAAGCAUAGUAAUGAGUAAUGUUGGUUGUUUUGGAUCUGAAUCAACUCUUACUAGCUGCUAUCAUACAACUAAUCAUAAUUGUGGUCAUUAUGAGGAUGCUGGAGUUAGAUGCUCAUACAUUUGUAUUGAUGGCUCAGUUCGUCUUGUUGGUGGAUCCAGCAGCUUAGAAGGACGUGUUGAAGUAUGCAGAAAUGAAUCAUGGGGUACUGUCUGUGAUGAUGCAUGGGGUACUAAUGAUGCUACUGUUGUAUGUAGACAGUUAGGAUAUAGUGUUACAGGGACCGCAUAUGGUAAUGCAUAUUUUGGACAAGGAACAGGAAGCAUAUUAAUGGAUAAUGUUGCUUGUACUGGGUCUGAAUCAUACCUUACUAACUGUUCUCAUAUAACUAAUCAUAAUUGUCGUCACUCUGAGGAUGCUGGAGUCAGUUGUGCAGGCUCUAGUAGUGUCAAUGCUGGUGCAUUAGCAGGAGUUAUUGUUGGAGGGAUAUUUGGUGGUAUUAUUUUCCUAAUUUUUGUAAUUGCAGUGAUUGCUGUAUGUGUAGUGGCAUUAAAUUCCAAAUCAAAUCGCUCCAGAGCUAGAGCCAGGCAAGCAGCUCCUGCAGUUCAAAUGACAACAAUUCCAGCACAAACUACUAGUACUGCAACUGGAGCUUAUACACAAUCCCAGCCUAAGGCAGAAAAUCAACCUCCUCCAUCUUACUCAGAUUAUAUGAAACAACAAACACAACCGACUGCACCAAUGGCUCAUCCUGGUUAUGCUGCACCAGCAGGCUACCCUACACAAGGAUAUGGUUAUCCUGUCCAGGGCUAUCCUCCACAAGGCUAUGGUUAUCCUCCACAAGGUUAUCCAGCUCAAGGUUAUCCAGCUCAAGGUUAUCCAGCUCAAGGUUAUCCUGCACCUCUUCCACAGCAGCAGGGUUUUGGUGUACAAGGAUAUCCUCAACAGGAUUAUUCUCAAACUGGUUGUCCCCAGCAAGUACCUUAUCCACAGCAGCAGCAGCAAGAAGCACCAGUUGGGUAUCCACAGCAGGAGCCACAAGGAUAUGGAGGAACAAACCCUGGUACUCAUGAGUCUACUGGCAUUCGUGAUGAACCACCACCUCCUUAUUAAGCUCAUUGAUGUUAUAUGUUUUAUAUUUUUGUACUAUUUAGUAUGUGCUCUUAUUUCAAUAGUCUACAUUUCUUUUAUUUUCUGUCAGAAUAGGUUAAUGCUGAUUCUAUAUGAAUAAUACUUUUCUGUCUCUUUAAA